CUUCCGUCGUCUGUAGUCAUUUUUAAAGAGGAAUAAUGCGUGAUGGAUAAGUGGAGUACAAAUUAUGUCCAACAGAAUCGAAUGCUAUCUUUCAUUGAUACGACAAACGAAACUACAAAUAACCCACUCUACAGGAAUUGGCCUCCAACCAACGAUUUUGCUCAGCAAAGAUCAAUGGCAUUUAACAAUUCUUCUACAGAAACAAUUUUAAACUCUUUUCCGUCCGGCUAUCCAUGUAUACGGCCAAAUGUGGGUGGAAUAGAUGAGGCUAAUAAAUGGAACACUCAACAAUCUAUGUCCUAUAGAAAUUCUAAUACAAACACCUUCUGUAACUAUAGUCCAACCAGCACGCCUUAUUCUCACGUUUCUAUAAAACGAGAGCCGACAUGGUUUCAAGAUAAUCAUCACGACUUUAAACCUACUGACCCUUAUGUGCUGUUUGGUCCUUUAUCUGCAAGAUUAUCGUCUUCUGGAUCUGGACAAAUUCAACUUUGGCAGUUCCUACUUGAGCUUUUAUCUCACAAGGAAAAUCAGACUUGUAUUACUUGGGAAGGAACAUCCGGAGAAUUCAAGCUCGUGGAUCCGGACGAAGUUGCAAGACGUUGGGGAGCUAAAAAAUCGAAGCCAAAUAUGAACUACGACAAAUUGUCAAGGGCGCUACGAUACUACUACGAUAAAAACAUUAUGACAAAAGUACAUGGAAAACGUUAUGCCUAUCGCUUCCACUUUUUAGAGUUGACAAAAUCUCUGCAGCAAGCCCACGACGUUUUUAACCCUCAGAACUCCUCGCACUUCAUCCCAGCAAACUAUUACUGCCAGACUUACUAUUAAUCUGUAAUUCUAUGUAUACAAUAUUGAGUAUACAUAGCUUGUAUAAUUUGAUUUCUAGAGUUGAUAAGCUCUUUUAACUUCCGUU